UAGAUUUUAGAUAUUUUUACAUAUCGAGUAGUUAGUGUGUUGUGAUAUCAAUAAAUCGUUAGUACAGUGUCAGUGCGACAUUGGCAAAGUGCGUGUGUUACGAAAGACAUUAGUUCAGUGGAAAGGAAUUGGCUCAUCUUUAUUAAUUAGGUAUAUCAGUAUCGUCUGGCGCCGGCGCCCUUAGAGGUGUCGAAGCGCGGACGCAUGUGCGAUGCGAUGCGCGACAAAAUCGCCGCACUGCUCCGCAGUUCUGUGCGCGCGCCUGCGCAUACGGAAAACACGGAUAAACUGCAAAAUGGCGCUAUGGCUCCCGUAUUAUUCUUCACCGAAGAAGGGAGCACACGCGAAGGCGGAUUGGUGUGGCGCGGGUGUUCCGCCGGGUGCGACGCCGAGGAUGGCGCGGCGGGAGCGCUCGCCGACGGCAACCUCAACCCAGGAGACAAGCUGGAGGGGUCGGACGCAGCUCCGGACGACCCUGUUCACCUCAAGAGACGGGUGGGACUCUUCAGUGGGGUGGCUCUAAUCGUCGGAACUAUGAUUGGAUCUGGUAUUUUCGUCUCGCCCUCUGGGCUUUUGGAGCGCACUGGCUCAGUGGGCAUAAGCUUCAUAAUAUGGAUGGCCUGUGGCCUUCUAUCAUUGCUUGGAGCGCUCGCAUAUGCUGAAUUGGGGACGAUGAACACGUCUUCUGGUGCUGAAUAUGCAUAUUUCAUGGAUGCAUUUGGAGGACCGCCUGCAUUUUUGUUCUCAUGGGUGUCUACGCUGGUUUUGAAGCCUUCUCAAAUGGCUAUCAUCUGUUUGAGCUUUGCAAAAUACGCCGUGGAACCAUUCGUGGCGGAGUGUGAACCACCGAACGCCCUUGUCAAACUUGUAGCGGUCAUUGCGAUUGUGAUGAUUUUGGCGGUCAAUUGUUAUAGCGUGAAUUUGGCCACAAAUGUCCAGAACAUCUUCACGGCAGCUAAACUUGUGGCCAUAGCAAUAAUCGUGUGUGGAGGAGCUUACAAAUUGAUAUUAGGUAAUACGCGACAUUUACAGGAGCCCAACUUCGCCAGUAGCACGGCGACUCUGGGCAACAUAGCAACAGCAUUCUACACCGGCCUUUGGGCUUAUGAUGGUUGGAAUAACCUCAACUAUGUGACUGAAGAGAUUAAAAAUCCUUCCAAGAAUUUACCACUGAGUAUAGUAAUCGGAAUACCACUGGUGACACUGUGCUACGCGUUGGUCAACGUGUCAUAUCUGGCCGUCAUGUCGGUCAGUGAGAUGGCCGACAGCGAGGCUGUGGCGGUCACCUUCGGCAACCGCCUGCUGGGGCCGGUCGCUUGGCUCAUGCCGCUCGCCGUCACUAUAUCCACUUUUGGCUCAGCUAAUGGCACGCUCUUUGUGGCGGGAAGGUUGUGCUUCGCAGCGUCACGCGAAGGCCAUUUAUUGGACAUUUUGUCGUAUGUGCAUGUACGGCGCUUUACGCCAGCACCGGGACUGAUUUUCCAUUCGCUGAUAGCAAUGGCGAUGGUGUUGUACGGCACAAUAGACUCCCUGAUUGACUUCUUCUCCUUUACCGCGUGGAUCUUCUACGGCGGCGCCAUGUUAGCUCUGAUUGUUAUGAGACGGACUAAGCCGCACGCGCCUCGACCAUAUAAGGUGCCCAUUAUAAUUCCAUACAUAGUGCUGAUAGUGUCGACGUACCUGGUAGUAGCACCCAUCAUUGACAAGCCGCAGUGGGAGUAUCUCUACGCAGCCGGUUUUAUACUCUGUGGUCUGCUCGUCUAUCUACCUUUUGUUAAAUGGGGCUAUUCUCUUCCAUUCAUGGAUAAGAUAACGGUGUUUCUGCAGAUGAUCUUGGAAGUUGUGCCAACAUCGACCACUUUCGAGUACUGAGUCCGCGCCGACUUUAAAAGGCAACUUUAUAUUUUAUAAUAUGGAUUUUAUUUAAAGAUCUGUACUUAUUUUAUUCCUAUACGGCACUUCAUAGUUGCCGCAAAAUGGUAGGAGCUCAAUUAGGUAUAUUACCUAACAGUUUAAAUGACAAAGAACUUCGAAAUUUAAAUUAAGUACUUACCUAUAUUUUAGACCAAGUUCAUUUAAUAUAUUUUUUGACUGAUACAAAAUUUGUUCCUUUUAUGGUAUUUUUGAAUUUUUACUGAAUGUAUUAUGGCAAAGUAAAAUUUAAAAUACCCUAAUGUUAAUUAUUGCUCUAAAAUAUUUGUUUAUAAGUAAUGAAUAAAAAUUAAAUACCACACCAAUUUUAUUUUUAGUGAAACUCAAUAUGCUUUGUGCUAUUUAAGAUGAUUUACUAUGUAUAAGCGUAGAUCGAUCGUUCAUUAGUUUGCACGAAUCAUUCCUCAAGGAUCAUGCAGUUUAAGGUCAUGCCAAAAAAAAAAAAGAAACAGGGUUUAAAUUAAAAAAUUAAGGCCCAUACUGUAACUACUAUCAUAAAGUUCUUUUGAUGGAAAGCAAACAUUUAUUUGUUUUUGAAUAAUAAGACUCAAUUCGAGCCCACGAUAUUGUAAGGAAUUAUAAUUUCUAUAUCAUUUACAAAUAGCUAUGAGUGAUUGUGCUAAACUCAUGGUUUGUAGGAUUCAUCAGCUCUCAUUUAUACUACAUAGCUUUCUAGACGUACUUCUAGGUUUUUAGUUUAAUAUUUAGCUCUAUCGUAAUUAUUAUAAUUUGAUAGGAAUUUUUAUCUUUUUAUUAUGUAUCAGAAGGGAUAGAUAACGAAAUUAUUUCUAUCGUCACUGUAAAAGCAAAUAAUGUGCUUUUACAGGGAUUGCACAAUAUUGAAAAGCUUUGGCGUUUUCAGUUUUUUUUUUUCAAUGAAGACUUAACGAUACUGUCAAUUUUUAUAUUUUUUUCUAUCCCUUAAUAAAGACUAAGUGUGUUUAUUUAUCUUUUUACAAAAAUAUAUGGGCAGAAGUUUUGCGACCGGCAAAAAUUGGUCCUAUCAUUCCUUGCCGGGGCAUUACGACACUGUUCAGGUUGUAUUUUUAUUAUGUAUAAGUUAAAGUGUGAAAAUCUUAGUUAGGGCAUAUAAAUAAUCCCACCCAGUGGUAAUUAUUGUUGGUGGUUGUUGUAUUUUAACAAAAAAUACAUUAUUUAGAAGAAUGUAUAUUUUUAACGUCAGGAUUUGUUUUUAAAAGUGUAACAUGGUAAGUAGUUGACGAUUUCCACGCUUGAAUUUUAAUAAAUUGUAAGUAAAAACAGUCGUGUUAACUAUUUUGUGAGACAAAUAAUACAAUUGUAAAUUAGAAAUAUUUGGAUAGCCCAUUAAAAAUGCUUAAGUUUUAAUGUAUCAAGUAUUGCAUAGCAAUUGUAAAUUGAACAUUAAUUUAUGUAUCUAUAAUAAAUAUGGGCACAUUCAAGUACACAAACCUAACGAUGUGAUAUUGUUAUGGGUAAAACGGAAAUGGUUUUUAUUUUGUGUACAGAAAAUAUCAUUAAAAUACUUAUUUCUAUACCUAAAGAUCAGAUUUAUUUAUUGUUAUACAUUGUCAUUUGAUUAAGUAAAUUUUAAAUAAAGACAACCGAAA